AUGGCUCAUCAAGACUCCAAAGAGAAGCCUGAAUGUGAGCGAGAUGCAAAGAAUUUAUACCACAAGUUGGUAAAAUUGGAAUAUGCUGUUUUAACAGUUGUUUGGGAAGAAGUUAUGAAGUGUUUUGAUAAAACAAGUAAGAAACUCCAAACCCCUGGUUUUUAUGUAUUUGAAAUUUGCCUUCUGCUAGCAUCUUUGCUUUCAUUUGCUAAAGAACUACGAGAAAAUUCAGCCGAUAGGAAUGCACAUUAUGAAUCAGUAGCAAAAGGUUCAUGUGAAUAUAUCACCUCAAAUUAUUCUGAUGUUUCCAAAUGCAUUAUUAUAAAGAAAUUUGUAGAUGGAAUAAGUGAUAGGGCAUCUUUGAAAGGGGCUGAAAAAUAUAGGAUAAAAGUUCUAAAUCAAGUCAAUGACUGCUUGAUAAUCCAGUUCAGCAAGAUGAUGGACCCAUACAAGCAGAUUGCAAAAAGGUUCAAGUUUCUCUCAGCAUCGAUGGACAAUUCAGAAUUUGAUGAGAACAGUAUCAAACUUAUCAUAUCACAUUACAAAGAUGAUAUUGACCACAAAUUAAUAAAUGAAUGUUAUUUCAAUGAGUAUUUACACCUUAGAAAAUCCUGGAACACAGAAGAAAACACACCAUCUAAAAUGCAAUGUACAGAAGUUCUUCAGCUUAUUUAUGAGCAACAACUAAUUGACGUGUCCCCUAAUAUUACCACUACACAUAAGCUGUACUUGACAAUGACCAUCACAGGCUGUGAAGCAGAAAGGAGUUCCCUCAAAGGUUUCCUUUGUAAAGAAUAA